AUGGCAAGAAAAAUUCGCGUCACGAAGUCAAAGAGCAUUCCUUGCGAGGAUAACAAAACAACGAAAAAGAACUGUGAGAAAGUGGAUCCGUCUGACAGAGGCGGCUGGUGGAAAAACACUAUAAAAGAUACCCCUAUCCCUGGAACUUACCACAUUCGAGACUUUAUCGAAGAGGCAGGCCUCAACCCUAUCCACAGGACAUAUUGUUUUCGAGCUUUAGGUCGUAAUGCCCCUUUACAACAUUCACGUAAGGGGGAUAUGCUGCUCCCAGGAGCUUACUCCUUCACUGAUUCCACUCAAAAAGCUCUCCAGCACCAGGCGUACUACUCCUUCAAAAACUGCCCUAGACCCGACAACUACACUCUGGGCGUUCGGGACAAGGAUAUCGACCUCUCGCCAUGUCAUUACGAUGUAACCGAGAAGCCAGUGCCCAAACUACCCUGCAAACACAUGACGUUCCGUUCAGCCGUGCAGCGGUUCAGCUUUCCUCCGAGGGAAGGCCCUGCUCCUGGACAGUACAACUUGAAAGACAGCUCAUCCAAAAGCAUCACUUCCUGUUUUAAGUCCGCCGUGCCUCGUUUUUACAAUGUGCAGUCUAGGACUCCGGGUCCGGGCAUGUAUGAGCCGUGGCUGAAGAGUUACUACCUCGACACCGAGGUCGAACUGAACCGCACCUACGGCCUCCUCUUCCGCAACUAUUUCUAA